CAACGGUUUCAUAAGUUAAAGAACAAUAUUUUUGGCGUCUAAACUCCUCUCUUCCCCUUUCUCUCCUCCAUUAUCUUCUCUUUCAAGGCUUCCUUCGUUUACCAGUAUUACUUUUCCUACUCGUAGCUUAGACUAGUAUUUUUUUCCAUUUAUAUAUUCAUUUUUCUCAUAGACGUUCGUUUAUAACAAGAAAUUAGAUAACAGUGCGAGAGACAAACAGAGAGAGAGAGAGAGAGAGAGAGAGAGAGAGAGAGAGAUCUUUGAUUGAUUGAUAGUUUUUUUAUUAUAGAUUUAGAUUUACAGAGAUCAAAGGAGGAGUGAAUGGGCAGCAAGAGAACAGCGGAGGAGAACAAGAAGAAAGGAAUUUUGCAAUUAGGAAAUUACGAAUUAGGGAGGAAUCUCGGCGAAGGAAAUUUCGGCAAAGUUAAAUUGGCUAAGAAUCUCCAUUCCGGCCUCACUUUCGCCGUCAAGAUCCUCGAAAAGUCCAAGCUCAUUCAACUCAGCAUCGCCGAUCAGAUAAAGAGAGAAAUCGCUACUUUGAAACUCCUCAAACAUCCUAACGUGGUUCGCUUACACGAGGUGUUGGCAAGCAAAACCAAGAUUUACAUGGUCCUAGAGUACGCAACUGGAGGGGAAUUGUUUGUCAGAAUUGCAUCCAAAGGGAAGCUAUCAGAAGCAGAAGGAAGAAAGUUCUUCCAGCAAUUAAUUGAUGGUGUUAGUUAUUGUCACAACAAAGGUGUUUUCCACAGGGAUCUUAAGCUGGAAAAUGUUCUGAUUGAUGAUAAAGGGAACAUAAAGAUAUCUGAUUUUGGCCUUAGUGCAUUGCCUCAACAUAUUAGGGAGGAUGGCUUACUGCAUACAACAUGUGGAAGUCCAAACUACGUCGCGCCAGAGAUUUUGGCAAAUAGAGGGUAUGAUGGUGCCACUUCAGACAUAUGGUCAUGUGGUGUCAUCUUAUAUGUCAUUCUCACCGGUUAUCUCCCUUUCGAUGAUAGAAACCUUGCAGUUCUUUAUCAAAAGAUUUUCAAAGGGGAUCCUCAGAUCCCGAAAUGGUUGUCACCUGGGGCUCGGAACAUGAUAAGAAGGAUUCUUGACCCAAACCCUGAAACCAGGAUAACAAUGGCGGGUAUCAAGGAAGAUGACUGGUUCAAGCAAGACUAUACUCCUGCUGUACCUGAUGAUGAGGAAGAAGAUAUAUAUAUUGAUGAUGAAGCUUUCUCAAUGUGUGAAGUGGGUUGUGAUGGAGGUAGGAGUCAAGAAUCACCUACUCUCAUUAAUGCUUUUCAGUUGAUAGGAAUGUCAUCGUGCCUAGACCUUUCUGGUUUCUUUGAGAAGGAGGAUGUAUCUGAAAGGAAGAUCAGAUUUACCUCAAAUCGUUCGGGUAAAGAUUUGCUUGCAAAGAUCCAAGACACGGUGACAGAGAUGGGAUUUCGAGUCCAAAUGAGAAACGGAAAGUUGAAAGCAACGCAAGAGCACACGGUCCAAAAACGUCUUGCCAGUCUUUCAGUUGCAGCUGAGGUGUUUGAGAUAAGUCCGUCAUUGUACGUAGUUGAAUUAAGAAAAUCAUAUGGCGAUUCUACAGUUUAUAGACAGUUAUGUACAAAGCUAUUUAAUGACUUUGGCGAUCCUCAGGGCCAAGGCCUGGUGUCCACAGAAGCUUGAGUGACACACAGGUUGGGUUGGCUCCACCAACAUUUAAGGAUCUCAGUUAGAUCUGUGAGCCUUAGAGGGGAUGAAUUUAUUUAGGCUAUAUAUUUUAUGGUAUAGGUGAUGUUUUUUUUUUUUUUUUGAACUUUCACAAAACAGAGAUUCAAAGUAAUAGUAUUUAUGUCGAGGAAGCAGCAGUUUAUGCUCUAGAGACUGCUUUCCGCAUGUUCAUAUUAGAUUGCUUAUGUUUUAUUGGAAAUAAUUUCCAAUUUUUUGAAAAAUGUUAUAUUUUCUGGUGUUUAAAUAAUUUUAUGUAAAAUAUUUUUUUUGUUCAAUAAUUUUUCUUAAAA